ACUCCAUAGUUUUUUUCUCUUUUUUUUGCCACCUUCAAAACACUCAUCAUCACUUUGUCCCCCUCUUGAUUUUUUUGAUACUAUUAACAACCAAAAUCCCUUAUACUUUUCCACUUAGCAAAAAGGAUCAAAAUACUCCUUAUUGUUCCUUUGUGAGGAAAUUCAUCUAUUACUAAUAAAGUUUUGUGUAUAAUAAGUGUGUGUUCAGUUCUUUGGCUUUUGAUCAUACCUAAAAUACACAUUCCCACAACAAUCUCUCUCUCACUCUCCAAAACUUGUCUUUCUUUUCUCUUUUCUUGAGAGUUGAGUACUCACCCUUCAUCCCCACCCCAUUUUCUCUUUUUCUUUCUUUUUUAAAACUACCUACAAAGGCAUAUAGACAAUUCCAAAUUUGUGUCAUUUUUUUAGUUAGUUUCUUUCAUUCAUACAAUGAGACAAGGGCAGCAGCAGCAGCAGCUACAACAACAACAACCAUUUGCUGCUUUGCCAAGAACAAGUAGCUGCAAAAGUUCGAAAAAAAUCAUACCUGCAAAUAACAAUAUUUAUCCGCGGUCUUACUCUGCAGCCAGUCAUGAUUAUUCAUCUGACAAAUCUCUCGUUACUAAGAACAGGAACGAUAGAUCAUCAUCAUCAUCAUCAUCGUCUUCAAAUAAUUUCAAUCGAUUAACAAAAACUCGAAUCGGAGUUUCAUCUCUUCUCAGAUCAUUAAUCAGCAUUAUCUCAUUCCCCACCGUACUCCCUACUUGCCGAUGGCUAAAUCUCCCGAAUCAGUUCUCGAUUACUCCAUCCCUCGGACGGAAAGUCACCGGAACACUAUUCGGUCACCGGAGAGGCCACGUCAGCUUCGCCGUACAAGACGAUCCGAAAUCCGACCCGGUUUUACUAAUCGAGCUCGCAAUUUCAACUUCCUCUCUAGUAAAAGAGAUGUCCUCCGGACUCGUCAGAAUCGCUUUAGAAUGCGAGAAAACAGCGGUGCAGGGAGGCGGCCGGAGGAGAUUAGGGCUAUUUGAUGAGCCGAUGUGGACGAUGUACUGUAACGGGAGGAAGUGCGGGUAUGCAACAUCGAGAGAAUGUACGGAUUCCGAUUGGCAUGUGUUGAGUACGGUACAGAGUGUUUCCGUCGGCGCCGGAGUAAUUCCGGUGGUGGACGACGGCCGGAAAAUUAGUGCGGCGGAAGGUGAGUUGUUGUAUAUGAGAGCAAAAUUUGAAAGAGUUGUAGGAAGUCGUGACUCCGAAGCUUUUUAUAUGAUGAAUCCAGAUGGUAAUGGAGGACCUGAACUCAGUAUUUUUCUACUUAGGAUAUGAAAAUUUAAAAAAAUAUAUAAAAAAAAUUAUAUGAUAAUUAAAGAGGAAAAAAAAGUUGAAAUGAUAAUAUUUAUAAUGUUUUUUGAGUAUUUUUUUUAUAGUGUGUUUUAAUUAGGUAUAUGUAAUGUGUUUUUUUUAUAUAGUGAUUUUUGUACUUUUUGUUGUAAGUUUUUCUAUAAUGUAUAUUUUUGCAUAAUCAUAUGCAUGCUUUCUUC